UCUGUUAUCUGGAAACAAUUUUCUGAAACCUACCCCUUGUAAAUGUAAAUGCUGCCUCUACCGCCAACACAAAGGAGCAGCGGCUGUGCCCCACUACCCUGGCACAGUGCUGUCCUUCUCUAGCUGCGCACGAUUGGACCAAAAGUACAUUUUUGGAGCUGCCUCCUUCUCUCUCAGUCUGCAUUCUCCGGGACCCGGGCACACGAUCAUAGCCAAAGAAAGGAAAACGAGGAGAGAAGACCUGCCUACUUCAAGUCCAGUCCUGCCGCGGUUUCUCGCCUGUCACUUUGGUCAGCAAGCUAGUACUGAUUCCGUGAGAAUCUAACUUCUUCUCUCCUAAUUGCUUUAAAGGUCUCCAUCUCUCAGGGAUGAAGGCUGACCCGCCCCCUCUAGUGGUCAAUGACAACUGAGCUCCGCUGAACCGCAGGGCAAUAUCCAGUGUGGAUACAACUGUCAUUUAAUUACACUGAUCUCAUGCGUAACUUUCAUUUACAUCACUCAGACUUGUGUAAAUAAAACGGAAGUGUUUAUAAAGCUGAAUCAACACAUUCAAGGUGCCCAAAAACAUGAACCGCGUAUACAGUCAAGGCAAUGUUUAACAUAAUUUGAGCUACUCCAAGACCAUACUCUUGGGCGAACGAAAGUAUUAUGGCAACCAUGGGACACUCAUAUACUACAGUUGCUCAAAAUGUGGCACCCGAGCCUGCUUCCUCCCCACCAUUACUGCGCCAAAUAUUCGACGAGUACCAAAAUAAUGGCGUCAUCAUGACACAUUACAACUACACCGGCAAACUGCAGGAGAACCGCUACCGUAAUGGACUGAAGCCAGAAGCUAUCACUUUCCUGGUCAUCUGCCUGCUCAUCGUGCUGGAAAACGCUGUAGUGUUGGUGGCCAUCUGGAAGAACAAGAAGUUCCACCUACCGAUGUACUACCUUUUGGGCAAUCUGACGCUGUCCGACCUGCUGGCGGGAUUCACCUACAUGGUCAACAUUGUGCUGUCAGGUCCCAAAACGCUAGAACUGACACCCCUGCUUUGGUUCCUAAGAGAGGGUGGUGUCUUCAUCACUCUGGCCGCCUCCAUCAUCAGCCUUUUGGCUAUCGCCAUUGAGCGUCACAUCACUAUGGUUAAUAUGAAGACCUACCAUAGAGCAAAGCGGUACCGAAUGUUCGCUCUAAUCGGGGCUAGCUGGAUUCUGUCACUGUUGCUGGGGAUCCUUCCCAUUAUGGGCUGGAACUGCAUGGGCCAUUUGCCGGGAUGCUCCACAGUGCUGCCAUUGUAUGCUAGGAGUUACAUCCUGUUUUGUGUCUCUGUCUUUAUUGCCGUGCUGCUGGCCAUAGUCGUACUCUAUGUGCGCAUCUUCCGCAUCGUCAAGUCCAACACACGGAAACUGGGCUGCCUACGCAAGAGCCAGGCCCGCAAGUCACGGAAAUGCAUGGACCUGCUCAAGACUGUCACUAUAGUGCUUGGGGUCUUCAUUGCUUGUUGGCUGCCUCUUUUCGUGCUGCUGCUGUUGGACUUCUUCUGCAAGGUGGGCCAGUGUUUCGUGCUACUCAAGGCUGACUACUUCCUAGGCAUCGCCAUAAUCAACUCCUUGCUCAAUCCCAUCAUCUACACGCUCACCAGUAAGGACAUGCGGCGGGCCAUCAUCCGACUGUUGUGUCGCCACUGUCUCAUGACGGAGGAUGGACAUGUAAAGAAGAUUGGAAUACCCUUCCUGGAUUGUAGCACGAGCAAAAUUGAAAAGUCUGCAUACAGGCUGGAGGGCUUGGAGACCACAGUCUCCUCAGGGAACAUUACCCCUUCAACCAUCAAAGUCCUCUACCCUAGGAUGUUGAGAUCCUGAGCCAACUGCUUAACCUUAAAGACUUUUAAAAAGAGAGUCUUGUUCGUUACCAUGGAAGAGGCCAACACGUGUGGAUGAAAAAUGUCUUCAUUUUAUGGACAUCUAUGACACAAAGGUGUAGGCCGGAGCACAGUUCUGACAUGGUGUUCUGAUAACGAAGGCAAUGGAUCCUUGGUUGGGUAGGAGGUGUCACUCGAGCCACAGGGCUCAAGUAUGCCGGAGGAUGUUUGCCAGCGCACAUAUAUUAAGCUACAUGAUGAUUAAUAUCUGUAAUGGGGGAAAGUGGCUCCACAACAACAGUGCCAACUUGAAAAGUAGCUGGGUGACGUGCAUAGGAAAAACACUGGCGUUAUAAUAUCAGAUACAACAACAACAACAACAAAUUAAUUUUUGUAUAGCGCAUUAUCACAACAUUACAUUGUCCCAAAGCGCUUUACAGCAUCCCCACCCAAAGCCCCCAGUGAGUAGAUACGCCUAUAAUAUCAAUAUACUGUACGCCUGCAUUGGGCCAUCCAAUAACAAAAGUGUAUUCUGACUAAAUUGCAUCUACAACGUUGGCACAAAGGGACACGAUCCUAGAAUAUAUCUAAAGGUGGCUUUAUCUUUAUGUUGACCUGCAGACCGUGUAACAAUGCAUUAUAUAAUAACACCGCAUUAUGGAAUAACUCGACAAAAUGUUACAAAUUUGUGAUGGUUCUGAAGGUUUAAGACCGACAGCCUUUCGGGGUGGUUUCAGUUCAGCUUGAUCUGCUUGUGUUUUACCAGCUUGCCAGAUGCAGAGUGACUCCGUGACAAUUAAUAUGAAAGCAUGUGAUCCCUGAAAAUGAACCAGAUUUCACUGGUGUAGCAUAAUAUCACAUACAUCUGUACUGUUAAGGUCUUCAUAGGUGACUAGGAUUAUGUGCGUGUAAAUCUUCAUAUGCUGACUUUUAUGCAGAUGUACAAAACUGCACUGUAUAGUCACUUAUGUCUACAUUGUUUAUAAUUUUAUGCAUUAAAGGUUUUCUAAUUUA